ACAGAAAAGAAAGAAAGAAAGAGAAAUUAAACACUCUUAUCCAAUAAAAUCAAGACUCUGUUUUUUUACGAUGAAUCCAUUUUACACAGCUUUCUCAGACUCGUUCCUCUCGAUUCCCGACCACAGAUCUCCGGUUUCCGACGGUGGUAGCAGCGAGUGUUCGCCGAAGCUAGCUUCGAGCUGUCCGAAGAAAAGAGCAGGGAGGAAGAAGUUUCGAGAGACACGUCACCCGAUUUACAGAGGAGUUCGUCAGAGAAACUCAGGGAAAUGGGUUUGUGAAGUGAGAGAGCCGAACAAGAAAUCGAGGAUUUGGUUAGGAACUUUUCCGACGGUGGAAAUGGCGGCUCGUGCUCACGACGUCGCUGCUUUAGCCCUCCGUGGCCGCUCCGCUUGUCUUAAUUUUGCCGAUUCGGCGUCGCGGCUUCGGAUUCCGGAUUCUACUUGUCCUAAAGAAAUUCAAAAAGCGGCUGCUGAGGCUGCAAUGGCGUUUCAGAACAACGAGACGGCUACGACGAUGGAAACGACGGAGGGAGUGAAAACGACGGCGGAGACGACGGUGGGUGAGACGGCGGAAGAAAGGGAUGUGAUUUAUAUUGACGAAGAGACGGUUUUUGGGAUGCCGAGGUUUUUGGAGAAUAUGGCGGAGGGGAUGCUUUUGCCUCCGCCGGAAGUUGGAUGGAAUCAAAACGACUUGGAGGGAGAUGAUGACGUGUCACUUUGGAAUUUUUGAGUGGAUGAUUUUACUUUCAUUUUUCCGGGUAAUUUUUAAAGAAUAUUUGGAUUUCUAGGAUUGGUCCCAAGUUCCUUGCCUAAUUUUUUUAUUGGUAGUACGGUACGGAACGAGAAUGGGAACCAAAGAGAAAACUAGUCUAAUAAAUCGUAUUAAUAUCUCUUUUCUCGGUUUU